GACGCGUACAGAUGUCAGUCGUCAGUCGUCCGGCGAAUCUCGACGGGAGCGGAUGUGAUUCGCGUGUCGAGUUUGCAAAACGGGACGCCGGCGAGCCGGCCGCUACAAUCAUUCGUAUCAACUUGCAUUGACAAAUAGACGAAGUUGUCGCACCUCGCCCUCGAGAUUCACUGGUUGCAGCAUCAUUUGAUCACGCUUCAACCGUAUGAAUCAGUAUUCGUUCACUGCCAUUGCAGCCUUACUCAUAACCUGUUAUCGUUCCGCGUAAACUGUUAAAGAAGAUAACGAAACUCCAAGAGGAGCAUUUAAAGAGGCCAACGACCUAAGGAAAAAUGUCUACUGCUUUAUUAGCCGUGUUCGCCGUGAUCCUGUGUAUUCUGUUCAGGAUAUUAAACGUGAAUAGCGCACCGCAGAAGCCUCUCCUCGUCUGCAAAGACCAAUCUUUCCUGUCGGCGAUGUUGAAGAUCGCGCCGGUCAUUGCCGAACCAUACAAACCAACGAGGUUGUGGGGUUUCAGUGGACACGUACAAACCAUUAUUCACAGCGUCAUAGGGCGCGUUCGAUGUCCUUGGCCCAUUGGCGAACGUGUGUACAUCGGUCUUCCGGAUGAUACCACUCUUACAUAUGAUCUCUAUCAGCCACUGACCAAUGGACAUGAAGAUGACAUAACGAUAGCUAUUUGUCCUGGUAUCGGCAACAGUUCGGAAAGUGUUUACAUCAGGACGUUCGUGCACUUUGUGCAGUGUCAUGGCUAUCGAUGUGCGGUACUUAAUCACGUAGGGGCCCUUUCCAGUGUCAAGAUCACAGCACCAAGAAUAUUUUCUUAUGGUCACACGGACGAUUACAAUACAAUGUUACAAAAUCUCAUAGAAAAGCAUCCUAACACCAAAAUAGUUUGCAUCGGUUAUAGUUUGGGCGGUAAUAUAGUAACAAAAUAUCUUGGAGAACGAGGUCCCCAUAAAUUGCCCAAUAUUAUAGGAGGAAUAUCGAUUUGCCAAGGAUACAAUGCUCUCGAAGGAACGAAAAUUUUAUUAAACUGGCAGAACUUCAGACGCUUCUAUCUCUAUGUAAUGACAGAGUCAAUGAAAAAUCUUAUACUAAAGCAUAAAAACAUGCUUUUGUGCGAUGAUGUAAAACAGAAAUGUAAUUUGAAUGAGCGCGAUAUCAUUUCUGCAGCGACAUUACCGGAAUUGGAUGAAGCAUACACGAGAAGAGUACACAAUUUUAGGUCUGUGCAAGAGUUGUAUAAAUGGAGUAGUUGUAUCUUUUAUCUGGACAAUAUCACAACGCCGAUGGUAUUCAUCAACGCAGUAGACGAUCCUAUCGUACCAGAAGUGUUAUUAAAUCCAAUUAAAGAGCACGCAGCAACUCAUUUAAACACAUUAUAUGUCGAAUUGGCUCAUGGAGGUCAUCUAGGUUUCUACGAAGGUGGUCUUCUGUAUCCAAAUCCUAUAACAUGGUUAGAUCGAACCCUGGUAUCUCUCGUUGGAUCUUUAACUCUAGCACAUGCGGACAAGGCUCUUAAAACUUCUUAAUUUAAAUGAGCUCGGUUAAUAUUAUUGGGCAUAGAUUAUUUAUAUUAUUGGACAUAGAGCAUCACUAUCAUUGAACAUCAACAACAUGUAUUUUAAUCUUGUUGUGAGGUGUGUAGCAAAGCAUUGUACUUUCCCAAUGUUUUGCGAAAAUAAUGCAUGGAGAAUAGAGACGACAAAUUUAAAUUAGUAAAAAUAUUUAUGGUACCUUGAGUCUUUUCAUGAAAUGAAAUAGACAAGGUUGUAUCUUUUUAUACAGUUAAUACAGGGAAAUAAGUGAUCGUAAAAUAACAAAACGUUUGCUCACUGAUAUUUUCGAAAUUGGAAUUUUAGAAUUCGAGCUAAAUUCCACAUAUUGCGCGACUCUUUAUAUAAACAGUUACAUACAAACAGUAAAUAGAAUUUUUAUUAUUGUAUAAUUUAAAAUCAAACGGCUUAAAUUUUCGAAAAGCAAAACAUAGAAUAAAGAAAUUUUACAUAUUUUACUAAAUACUAACGCUUCUUUCUCAGGGAUCUUCUAUAGAACGACAAGUUCAAUGACAAGAUCUUUAAUGAUCAUUAACACAUUGUUAGAGCUAUUCACUGUAUAAGCGAUUAACAAUGAUACAUACUGUCAGUCCAAUGCAAUACAGAAUGUCUUGUGUACUUUUCACUGAGAAGAAUUUAUUUAUGUACAAGU